AUGGCAUCGCAGCCCAACUUGGGCUGUGGCUUCAGCAUUGCCAUCAACAUUGGCAUCAGCAUCAGCAUCAGCAUCAGGAUGUGGCCCGGGGAUAAUGCCUUAAUGCGUCUAAACUUGCUUCGACCACCUUCAGACAGAAACCACCUAGACAGACAUCAGAUGUUUCGAUUGCUGCUUAUUGUGUUGGCUUUGAUUGCCUGUGCGUAUGCCAGACCAUUGGAUGAUGCCCUCGCAACCGGAGAUGGUUACAGCAAUCCCAAACCUAAUGGUAGCUACUUUGAUAUAUAUCGUACCUUCAAUGGAAUCUCUACGCAGGAACGGGGAGUUGGUGGCAAGCGGGUCAUUGGUGGUUACUAUUCCUAUUCCCCAGAGGGCGAACUGAUCAAGAUUAUAUACAUUGUCGAAGAGGUUGAAGACCAACCCCAAUACUUCGCUCAUCCGGGAACUUCUGCUAGUCCGCCGGACAUGGAACUAUGUGUUUCAUGUUGUAAAUCGUUAUGUGGUUAA